AUACUUACACAGUAUCUGGCUUGACGAUCAAGUAAAAUGGCGAACCAGUGGUUCUCAAAUUGAGGAUGAAAAAAUAAACGUGAGGAAAACUAACCUCAUAAAGUAUACACUUAUUACCACCGAAAUUAAAAACAAAAUUAUUUUAUUUUGUCUGCUGUUCUGACAAUUAGAUAUGUCAUUUGUUAUUACCAGACUUCAAGAAGCACUGAGACACGGAAUCAUCAACAAGGUUGGUGUAAGAUGUUUUUCUCGAGGAAGUGUGGUGUUUCAAGAAGAAUCUGAAGCUCCGAGUAAUGAACCUCCAGUUGACCCAGCUAAGGAUAGACGUAAUCCUGUACCUGUUGAAACAAGUAUUCGUUAUUUAGCUAGUGACGCGUAUAAAGAGACUUAUGGGAGUGAGCCAGUUUGGAAACCGUUUCGCAGAAAUCACAAGGGUUCACUUCCUCCAAAAAAAACUAGAAGAACUUGUAUUAGAAGCGGUAUAAUAUCAACUGGUAGCCCAUGUCCAAUCUGCCGUGACGAAUAUUUAAUAAUCGAUCAUAGAAAUACUGCUUUGCUGAAACAAUUUAUCUCUCCAUACAACGGCGAAGUGAUAAGUUACGAAAAAACAAACAUUUGUCAAAAACAACAUAAAAAUCUACUCAUAGCGCUUCAUCGCGCACACGAUUAUGGUACUAUUACAUACGACGUCGAUUUCAGACAAUACGAUUACUCUGAUUGGUACAGACCUGAAGAAGAUCAACAGAAAAAUUAAUAAAUUAUUAUAGUUUAUAUAUUAAUUAUAUUUAACGAUGGAAGCACCUUUUGUUAUUGUUGGAGGCGGAAUCGCUGGGGUAUCUUGCGCGGAGAGCAUAUCAUUUUUAGCUCCCGAUGAAAAAAUAAUACUGAUAAGUGCGAGUCCGCUUAUUAAAACAAUAACAAAUGUUGAGCCAGUUGGAAUGACUAUGAUGAAGUUUGAUGUCGAAGAAAAAGAGUCCAAGUCUCUGUCUGAAAGAAAUUCAUUAUUAGCAGUAGUUAAUGAUGUUGUGGCGCAAAUAAAUAUUAAUGACAAGACUGUUGAAACAGAAGAGGGAUUAGUAAUAAAGUACAAUAAAUUAUGCCUUUGUAAUGGAGCCAGAGCUCGUAUCAUUAA